UCAGUUAAUAAGAACUGCACGAGCGCUGCGGCAGUGAUUGGCCAAACCCUCGCACACCGUACUCAAACCCUAGCUUCUCAUAAAUGGCGAUUAACCUCUGCGACUCCGAUUCAGAUGGCGGCGACGACAUUUCGAAAAUAGAGAUUAACCAAGAGUUCGCUAGGAGAUAUGAGCAUAACAAGAAGCGCGAAGAUUUGCACCGACUCCAGGAGCUUCAGAAUCAAGGAAUCGUCGACGAAUCCGGCGAUUCCGAUGAGGAAGUCUCCGAAGAUGACGGAGUUGAUGAUUUAGAGCUGUUGGAUGCUUUGCUCAAGGUUAGGAAACAAGAUCCCAGCUUGAAAGAUAAACAAGUUAAGUUAUUUCCGUCUGAUGAUGAGGCGGAGGUUGUUGAGGAAAAGGCGAAAGCGAAGAAACAGAAGGCGAUGUUUUUGAAAGAUGUGACUGCGAAACAUUUGAUUGAGGAUGGUGCGGAGAUGGGAGACGACGAAGAGGAGGAAGAGGAGGGGAGGAUUAGGAAAGGUGUGAAGAGUUAUGUUGAGGAGCAGGAGGAGUUGAAGAAGCCGUUUUUAGAGGGCUGCGAUGCGGAGGAGGACGAGGAGGACGGGGAGGGUUUCUUUAAGAUCAAGGAGAGGGACGAGGACGGGGAGGAUGAGGAAGAGAAUGUGGAGGAGGUGAGUAAGAAAUUGGAUGAGUAUUUCGGCGAGGAUGAGAAAUUGGAUGAGAAUGCCAUGUUUCUGAAGGAUUAUUUCAAGAAUAAAAUGUGGUUGGAUAAGAGUGAUAAGAAGAAGGUGUUAGAUGAGGAUGAGGUUGAGGUUGAGGAGGAUGAGGAGGAGGUUUAUAGGCAAGAGGAUUAUGAGAGGGAGUUUAAUUUUAGGUAUGAGGAGAAUCCUGGGGAUAGGGUCUUGGGACAUUCGAGGUUUGUGGAGGGGUCGGUGAGGAAGAAGACGAAUACGAGGAAGUUGCAGAGGGAGAGGAAGGAGGAGAGGAUUGCGCAAGCGGAGUAUGAGAGGAAGGAGGAGUUGAAGUAUUUGAAGAAUUUGAAGAAGAAAGAGAUGAAUGAGAAGUUGAAGAAGAUUAAGGAGAUUGCAGGGAUUGGGGAAGAUGGGGACUGUCGGUUGGAUUUGGAGGAUUUGGAGGAUGAGUUUGAUCCGGAGGAGCAUGAUAAGAAGAUGAAAGUGGCUUUCAAUGAUGAUUAUUAUGAGGCGAAUGAUGCAGACCCGGAUUUUGCAAGUGAAGGAGAUGAAGAUGGGGAGAUUGAGAAACCUGAUUUUGACAAGGAAGAUGAGUUGCUUGGGCUUAAGGAAGGUUGGGAUGAUAUGGAUGGUUCUGGUGAUGGGUUUAAAGCUGCAAGGGAAAGGUUUUUGAAACAGAAGGCAGGAAAGGUAGAAGUGGUGGAUUCUGUGGAGGGUAAAAAGAAGAAAAAACAUAAAAUGUCUGCUUUAGAAAAAGAGGUACUUAAUAAAGAGUUGGAUGAGUAUUACAAAUUGGAUUAUGAGGGUACAGUUGGUGAUCUGAAGACACGGUUCAAGUACAGACCUGUUAAUGCUAAAAGAUAUGGACUGAAGACAAAGGAGGUAUUGUUGUUGGAUGACAAAGAGUUGAACCAGCAUGUUCCUUUGAAAAAACUGGCUCCUUACAGGGAGAAGGAUUGGAAGGUCCCUCGUAUUAAGAUAUACAACCAGAAGCUGAAGAUUAAAUCACUUCUUGAAGGAGAGGCGUCAGAUGGCCAUACUUCCCACAAGAGGAAGUAUAGAGACGACGAGACAUCUAUAGAAGAACAGAAACUGCCUCAUGAAGAAUCAAAGAGUAAGAAGAGAAAAGAUCGUAAAGCACCAUUGAAGUUAUCACACACGAGGCUUCUAGCAUAUGACAAAAUUCCUUCCAAAUCUAAGAGCAAGAAGCAAAACUAAACAUUAGACACAAUUCAGUCAUGUAUACUAUACAAGAACUCAAUGUGCUGAACCAGCUGUGAUGUAGUCUAUAUGUAAGAUCACCUGAGCUUUCAAAAGCUGUUAUAAUCAUUGCAAGGCUUUUGUGGAUCACUCAUCAACAGAGGUAUGCCCCUAUGAUCUGUUGAUGAAUACCUUACACAAGCAUGCUUCAGGAAUUUCAAGAAUGUGUUGUGGUGGGAAACUCAAAUCAGAUGGUCAACCAUUUGUUUUAUUGUAGUAUUCUGAGCAGGAACUGUCACCUGGUGAUGGUCUCUUUUAUUUGUGUACUUUAAGAAUUAUCCUACAGUUAUUGAGAUUUGAACUUUUUUUAUAAAGCUGAUUAUGAGAUUGUUAAAGUAGUUUAGUA